GACAUCACUCAAACUGUCAAGUCAUCCAUUUUGUUGUGAAGUCUGAGAACAACAGUGUGCAGUGUUUUCAUUUUCUAAGGUCAAUAUCGUGCAUCAAACCAUAACGUCAGUCAACCAUCAAUAAUAUGAGUUAUGAAGAAGAUACGGAUACAGCAAUAUCUCUUCCAACAUUGUCAGUCGAAGCUGAAAGUCGGAGAGUCGAGCAUGAAUUUAUUAAAGCGUAUCAACGCCUCCCGUUACUAUGGGAUAUGAAACACCCUGAUUAUUCAAACAAAUACAAAAGGAAUAUUGCAUUGGACAAGUUGUUGAUUAUACUUAAGAAACUAAAUCACUUGGCUACAAGGUAUAAUGUUCGGCAAAAAAUAAACAUUCUAAGGUCAUGUUACAGAAAAGAUUUGCGUAGACAUCUAGCAUCAAAAGUGAUUGGUCCCGAUGGAGAAGUGACUUACGAGUAUGUACCGAACUCAUGGAAGUUUCACAAACUAAGGUUUCUCGAUGGAAACGAGAAAAAUGAUUUAAAUAUUAACAAAAGUGAUAUAGCGGAAGUUAACAUAGAAGAAAACAGCUAUGGACACGUCAGCCCUCAAGCCAGUGACGAGUCGCUUUCAGAACAUGACAAUGACGAGGAACACCGUCACGAAAUCACAAUAGACACCCUGCAAUACGACAAAUCAUUCGUCCGCAGGCGCAACCCGCGCAAACGAGUCAAACUGGAAGUAAACAAUGACCAUUAUUACGAAAUCAGUAAUGACAAGGAAGAGUUACUUGAUAGAGAGUUUGAUGCCAUUGGCUCCAACGUGGCUUGUAAGUUAAAAAGGAUGAAUCAACAGCAAAGGUGUCAUGCCGAACUGUUGAUUAAUAAGGUGUUGAUCAAAGGACUGAAGAACAGCUUGACUGACGACACGGACAUUACUGAUGUGUGGAAUGUAUAGAACAGGCUUGCAUAUAAAUGUUCAGACAUUUUCGAUCUACUUGAAUAAAAGUAGGUAUCGCUGCGAUGAAAGAAAAAGAAAAGAGAAAAAGUAGAAAAGUAUUAUUUCUGUAUAGUUGACGUAAGUUAUUAAAUGCACGUCUUGAAAUGAUGCGAUUUAUCGAAUAUGUCUGAAUAUUUAUAUUACUAUCAAUAGUGUGAUAGUGUAUUGUUAAAUUGAAUGGACUUCAUAAUAUCAGUAUUUUACUGUAUAUUUUUACAUUUAAGAGAAUCUAAUAAUAAAUAUCGUAAGGUAAGGAAAUUUCUUCUUUGAUACUGUCAUUGACAAUUGUUAAGCGAUAAGUUGCAAACAUAUUUAAAAGAGUUACACCCAACUGCCGCAACUCACAAAAAUAAUUUUGAUUUAACACGUUUUACUUUCAUAAUGA